AAUUUGAUUUUACUAAGUUCAAAUAUGCAAUCUUACGACACAUAAAACAAAAAGAAUGGCUAAGCCCAAGAUAAAGGGAUUAAACUAAGCACAUAGAAUAUUACACCACUUACACUCUGCAGCUUCUUUUGAAGCAAUUGUUUUUAAUAUUUUAUGUUCAAAACCUCACACAUCCAACCCAUAUCACUAGAUUCCCCAUCUGUAAAGCUAGUUCAUGGGAGAGAGAAAUAAGGAGAUUGUAUCCCUAGGGUAGCAGACUCAAAGCAAAUUAUGUUUCCCUUCUUGGCUUUAACGAACUAAAUCAAGGUAAAGGAAACAAACCAGUUUCUCUUGCAUCCUGGGAGAUUUAGUCUCAUGAUGGUUUUACAUGGAUCAAAUUAGGUAAAGGCUUUCUUGUUUCCAAUGUAAGAUGUACACCCUUUUAGCUAUUCUUAUAAGUAGUAUUCAAGUUCCUCCACAGUGAAAGCGAGGGUCAGGUUCUGAGUUCUGACUUAGGGAGGCCCACAGUUAGAAGAUUCACAUGUAGAUUUCUUUCUGCUUUCAAAAAGUCUUACUGUUACAUUCAUCUGCUUCUUCAAGGAGAGUGUUCCCAUCCCAACCACAAAUCUACACUCCAUACCAAGUAUCCAGAAACAAUAUCAGUUUUUUUUUUCUCUUGAUUCCAAUCCGGCAAAUAUGGUUCUUAUGAAUUGAAAACUACUGAAAUAUAGCAUUUUGUUACCUCCUUGGUUCCUCAAAGCUUUUUCAGAGUGUCCAACUCCUAAGCUUUUUUUUGAGAAUGGAUGACGAGAAAUCUCCUAAAGAGAUCCCAACUGUUGAUACCCAGUCCCUUACCAUCAAGAUUGCAAAUUCGGGUGGUAAGAAACUGGGUAAGGACAUUUUCUCGGCUGUUCUUCCUUCAGGUCAGCAGAAAUUGGUAGCAGAUUCAGCCACAUCAUCACCAUAUAACUCUCCUUCACUCAUCUCUCCUCCAUCUUCUGCAUUUGUUUCAGCAUUGCAAUCACCUUACAUUUCUCCAAGGGCCACUUUAGUUACAAAUCCAAGUGCUCAAGAAAACCUCAUUGCUCCCACCAUUUUAGUUGCUAAUCCAAAACAAGAAACUCCUAUUGCUCCUACCUCAGUUUCCCACCCAUCCCCACCAGUCUCAUACUGCGGUUCACAGUCCGAUGAUGUUCCCAGCACCUCCUACACUCCACCUCCAGAAAGAUAUGAUUUUUCUGAUGACCCCACCGACACAAAGCUCAAAAUUGUCACCUGUGUCCCUGUUUCAGGACCAGAGACCGAUCCCAGGAUAUCCUUUUCUUUUCCUGUCCCUCGAAUUUCUUUUGCCAAGGGCUCCAUUUCACCUGCAUCCAAUGCCAAACUUAGGAGCUGUGAUGUGUAUAUAGGAUUCCACGGUCAGAACCUAAAUUUAGCGCGCUUCUGCAAGUGGCUCAAGUCGGAACUCGAGCUUCAGGGUAUUGCUUGUUUUAUUGCUGAUAGAGCAAAGUAUGCAGAUAAUCAGAGCCAUGAGAUUGCUGACCGAGUUAUAUGCUCAGUAACCUUUGGCGUCGUAGUUGUCACCAGUUGUAGCUUCUUCAACCAUCUGAGCUUGGAGGAAAUAAGAUUCUUUGCGCAAAAGAAGAACUUGAUUCCUUUGUUCUUUAAUACGGAUGCCAAUGAAAUUGCAAGUCUUUUUAACCGAAAUGCUGAUGCCAAGAAAUGUAAAGAGGUACUGGAUGCAAUACUAAAGUGUCAUGAGUUUAAAUUGGAGACAAAUGAGAGUAAUUGGAGGUCCUGUGUGUCGAAAGCAGCUGGGAUAUUAAGGGCCAAACUUGGUAGGAAAAGUGUUGCAGAAAAAACAGAAGAAGGGUUUGAAGAGUUGCCCUUUCCGAGGAAUAAAAGUUUUGUGGGAAGAGAGAGAGAAAUUAUGGAGAUAGAGACUACUCUCUUUGGCUGUGGGGAUUCCUUUGAGCAAGAAAGUGUGGUCCCAAGUGUCAAAGGAGGAACACCAGGACAAUCUGAAGGUCUAGCUGAUGAUGAAAGUGAAGCUAAUGCUAGCAGAGGUAAAUAUAUAAAUCCAGAGAUAGGAAAGAACAAGGAAACCAAUAAAGAAGCUUGCGUGGAACCAAUUAUUGGAAGAAAUUCGCUUAAGAGACUCAAGUACAGAAAAUCAGGAAGCGAGAAGGACAAGAAUUUGGGGGCCAGUGUUGUGUGCAUAAAUGGCGCCCCUGGUGUUGGAAAGACUGACCUUGCUUUGGAAUUUGCUUACAGGUAUUCACAGAGAUACAAGAUGGUCUUGUGGGUAGGGGGUGAAGCUCGCUACUUUCGACAGAACAUAUUGAACUUGUCUCUAAAUUUGGGCCUGGAUGUGAGUGCAGAUGCAGAGAAGGAAAGAGGGAGGAUAAGGAAUUUCGAUGAGCAAGAAUUAGAAGCAUUCAAGAGAGUUAAACGGGAGAUAUUCCGUGACAUGCCAUAUUUACUAAUUAUAGAUAAUUUAGAGACUGAGAAGGAGUGGUGGGAAGGGAAGGAUCUUCAUGAUUUAAUACCAAGUAACACUGGUGGUACCCAUGUCAUUAUCACAACACAGCUCAACCAGGUAAUGAACGUUGAUCCCUUGCAGCUUCAGCCAUUGUCCACAUCCGAUGCCAUGAUAUUGAUAAGGGGAAGACGUAAAAAGGAGUAUCCAGCAGGAGAGGUGGAAUUCCUCAAAAAAUUUGAUGAGAAACUUGGGAGGUCGAGUUUUGGUCUUUGGGUGGUUGGUUCCUUGCUAUCAGAGCUUGCAAUUUUGCCGUCUGCUCUAUUCGAAGCUGUGAAUCAGGUUCCAGUUGAAGCCACAACUUGCUCUAAUCCGUCCGUUCCACAUCAACAGUUCUGCAGAACAAAUCCAUUUCUAAUGAAAACACUGGUUUUCUGUACAGUCCUCUUGCAGCAAAGCAACGAUAGCAGGGACUCCCUUGCCUCAAGAAUGCUUCAGGUAGGAGCAUGGUUUGCUCCAGCACCCAUCUCAGUGAAUUUACUGGCAGCAGCUGCAAAGAAAAUUCCUGUAAAUAGAAACAGAUUCAAGAUGUGGACUAAGUGCAUGAAAGUUGCUCUAUGCUUCUACUCGGGGCAUUGCCUGACAAGCCAAACAUGGAAAAGUGAAGAGGAAGCAGCACUACUUUUAGUUAAAUUGGGUUUGGCACGAAAAGCCAACAGACAGCCUGGAUGUUGGAUCCAAUUCCAUCCCAUCACUCAGAUCUUUGCGAAAAGGAAAGAUGGAUUAGUUGCUGCUAAAGCCAAUGUUCAAGGUGCAAGGAAAAUUGGAAACCCGCUAGUAGAUUCUGACCAUCUCUGGUCAUGUGCUUUCCUUGUAUUUGGUUUCAAGUCCGAACCACCAGUCAUUCAGCUCAAGGCCAUUGACAUGGUUCUCUUCAUUAGAAAGACAGCUCUUCCAUUGGCAAUUAGUACCUUCACAACAUUCUCAAGGUGCAACUCAGCCUUAGAACUCUUGAAGGUCUGCACAAAUGUGCUUGAAGAAGCAGAGAAGUCAUUUGUUUCUCAAAUACAAGACUGGUGCCACGGAUCUCUGUGCUGGAAAAAGAAGCUGCAAUCCAACCAAAGAGUGGACGAGUAUGUUUGGCAAGAGGUGACAUUAUUGAAAGCUACCCUGCUGGAAACUAGAGCAAAGCUGUUAUUAAGAGGAGGUCAUUUUGAUAGCGGAGAGGAUCUCUGCAGAACCUGCAUUAGCAUCCGAACCGUAAUGCUGGGUCAUAACCAUGCUCAAACUUUGGCUGCUCAACAAAUAUUAGCUAAAUUAGUAAGGAUGAGAAGCAAAAUAUGAUCCCAAAACUCUCCAGAAAGCCACUCUUUGGUGGCUCAGUUUUGUUUACCGUGACCAUGCAAUUCACUCUGUUAGUUUAUGUAACAUAGAAAUCAUCCAUUAUAAAGUAUUUUUCACCACAUCAGUUCAAGACUUAUUUCGUUUCAACAAUUUACUGAUUUCGUCUAGAAAAUUUAACCAAUGCCACAUAAUCAACCUACAACAUUUGCAGUAUCCUUCCUGCCAGAUAGACAGAAUAGACAUGUCUAGUGUUUUUCUAGUUGGAUGAACCCAUGUCUCAUGGCAUUUG